AUGACUGGGGGUCGCCUGGUGGCCCUACUACUGCUGGUGGCGGCCUCCCUGGGGCUGGGUCAGCAGCCACACCCUGAGCCCGGCCUCCCAGGCCUCCAGUACAGCUAUGACUGUGGGAUGCGGGGCAUGCAACUGGUGGUGCUCCCCAGGCCGGGCCGGACUAUCCGUUUCAAGGUGGUGGAUGAAUUCGGGAACCGGUUUGAGGUGAACAACUGUUCCAUCUGCUUCCACUGGGUCAGCGCCGAGCCCCAGGCGCCCGCCGUCUUCUCUGCUGAUUACAAAGGCUGCCACGUGCUGGAGAAGGAGGGGCAUUCCCACCUGACGGUGUUCAUAGAAGCAAUGCUGCCUGAUGGUCACGUGGAGGUCGCACAGGAGGCGGUUCUGAUCUGUCCCAAACCUGGCCACACCUGGGCCGUGGGUUCCCACCAGGUGCCCCCCACCACGCCCUCGCCUACUACCCACCAUGCUCUCCCCUUCCACCUCUCCUCAGCCCACACCUUCCCCAGCCCUCUGUACCUGGAGCACAGCCUCAUGCUCCCAACCCCUGCUGGGCCCUCCCUGGGACCUGGCCCCACCCCCGCCGUGCUGGCUCAGGUGGAACGCUGGGAAGUGGACAAGCCGGAUGCCGUAGGUAGCCAUCUGCCCCAGGAGCGGUGCCAGGUGGCCUCUGGGCACAUCCCCUGCAUAGCGCAAAGCAGCUCCAAGGAGGCCUGUGAGCAGGCCGGCUGUUGCUAUGACAGUGCCAGGGAGGUGCCCUGCUACUAUGGCAACACAGCUACUGUCCAGUGCUUCCGAAACGGCUACUUCAUCUUGGUUGUUGCCCAAGAAAUGGCCUUGGCACACAGAAUCACGCUGGCCAACGUCCACCUGGCCUAUGCCCCCACGCGCUGCUCCCCGGCCCAGAAGACCAGUGCUUUUGUCAUCUUCCACGUCCCCCUCACCCACUGCGGCACCACAGUUCAGGUGCUGGGGAGCCAGCUCUUCUACGAGAACCAGCUGGUGUCUGACAUCGAUGUCCGGGAGGGGCCGCAGGGUUCCAUCACACGGGACAGCUCCUUCCGGCUUCUCGUCCGCUGUAUCUUCAAUGCCAGCGACUUCCUGCCCAUCCAGGCGUCCAUCUUCUCACCUCCACUGCCUGCCCCUGUAACUCAGGCUGGCCCCCUGCGCCUGGAGCUACGGAUUGCCAGGGAUGAGACUUUUAGCUCCUUCUAUGAGGAGGAGGACUACCCCCUCGUGAGGCUGCUCCGAGAACCGGUACACGUGGAGGUCCGGCUGCUGCAGAGGACAGACCCCAGUCUGGUGCUGGAGCUGCACCAGUGCUGGGCCACUCCCAGUGCCAACCCCGUCCAGCAGCCCCAGUGGCCCCUCCUGUCAGACGGGUGUCCUUUCAAGGGCGACAGCUACAGAACCCGAGUGCUAGCCUUGGACCGGGCAGAGCUGCCCUUCCGGUCUCAUUACCAGCGUUUCACGGUUGCCACCUUCACCUUCCUGGACUCGGGCGCUCAGCGAGCCCUCAGGGGACUGGUUUACUUCUUCUGCAGCGCCUCAGCCUGCCACCCUUCAGGGCCAGAGACUUGCUCAUCUACGUGUAGCUCCAGGACUGCCAAACGCCGACGAUCCUCAGGUUACCAUGACGGCACCCCCAGGGCCCUGGACAUCGUGAGUUCUCCAGGGCCAGUGGGCUUCCAGGAUUCUCACAGGCAGGAGCCCACACUGGAGUCCACAGGCUCCGGCAGGAACUCCAACCCGAAGCCUCUGCUCUGGGUGGUCCUUCUGCUGCUGGCCGUUGCUUUUGUCCUGGGGAUUGGUGUCUUUGUGGGCCUGAGCCAGGCCUGGGCCCACAAGCUCCGGGAAGGCCACAGGCUCACCGACCAGGCUCAAUAA